AACCACAUCCGUUACAUCCCUGGCUUUAACAUCACUUCUUCAAAUCUGAAGGCAGCUGUCCGCGCGCACGCAGGUGGCACCCCUUUGGACGUAUUUUUGAAAAGCCCUACGCCGUGGGGAGACUUGUACAAAACGUACAACUGGCCUGAAGUUAAAAGAAACACAAAAGUUAAAAGAGUUAAGAUAGAUGUAAAAGCAGAUGUAGAGAACUAUGUUAAGAAUAACUACACUGGUAAACAUAUAUCAAUGGCCGCUGAUUACAAUAUAGAUUUAGUUAUAGGCUUUAAUUUACUGAUGCCCCCCUCACAAACUGCGGAGUUCAUUUUGAAUGCUACCAAAAUUAAUAUGGAUGUUUUAAUAGACUACGAGUCAAGUCUAAUCGGAGAUGUAGCUGCGAAUUAUAAUCCAAGACACGAGGGUCAUCAUUUCUGGGCCUACGACGUAAAAGCAAUUGUGGAGUCUGUUAGCAAAAUGUCGGCUAUCCAGAAAGGCACUGAUUUAUUGAACAUAGAAUUCUUUACUGACGCAUUUGGAUACGUCAUUGAUCAAGAUACUGGGAAGAUAAUUAAAAAGGUUUCUGCUGAUUAUAUAUUCUAA